AUGUCGUUACCCUCCGAAGACGCUAUUCCAUCAUACCUUCGAAACCCGCCGCCAUCGUCGUCGUCGCACACUGCCACGCCCACUCCGGCUCAAUCCCUCGCUGCGAAAUACCGUGGAGCUGUCAUUGCGGAUCUAGAUUUGGCACCUGCCCUUUCCGUUCCACCCCAACAAUCCAUCUCCGAGGCGCUCGCAAUGUCCUACGACCGGUCAUAUGACCAACUCACCGUCAUCAACCCCCAGAACCGCUCACUACUUGGAUAUCUAUCUAUUCCACGGUUAAAGCACCUAUUACAAUCCAGAACUCUAACGGAGGAAGAUACCGUCGAAGAAGCUAUGACGAGGUUUAGAAAGAGCAAAGGUGUAAAAUAUACGGUGAUAACACCGGAGACGGAGCUGGCUGAGCUGGAGGAGUUCCUGACUAGUGGUGGUGGCAAGGAAAGUGGGUUUGCUGUUGUUACAGAUGCUGGAAGGAAGUUCGUGUUGGCUGUCGCGACUAGAGACGAUUUGGAGAACUUUGCGAAACGAAGAGGGUGA